GUGAUACCAUAACAGAUUUGCACCACCCUAUAGUUACGCAACUAAUACUUGCAUCUAUUUAUAAGGUCUAGUGCACGCCAAUGAUAUUCAUAUUGCAUAAACAUUUACAAUGAUCUAAAAGCAUACAUAAACAUUAACGAAAUUAUUAGGAAAAGCCAGUGGUCGGAGGUUACUAAAACUAUGAACGCGUUAUCAACUUUUUUGAGUUUGUUCUAUUUGAAGAGAGCUCUACUGAAAGGUGAACAAAAAUGAGUAUAUUGGAAAUUCUUCUAUGUUCUAUUUUGUGGACCGUUAGUAGUGCUAGACUUGAUUUAGGUGAAGGAGCUCUUUGUUUUACGUCACUAAAAGUGCAAGGCAAAUGUGUCCUAAUCACCUCAUGCCAGUCAGUAAUGGAUGAUGUCAAAAAUUUUGGGAAAUAUCCGUCCAUGGAGGACACUUGCGGUUUUAAGGGCUUGCAGACAGUUAUUUGCUGUCCAGAUGAAUUUAACGUGUCUUCCAAAAUAAGGGCUGAGCCAGAGAAUUUGACUGUAGGAACAAAAUGCCGUCAAAUGUGUAGAAAAUACGCCGAUUUCCAAUGUACACUUAUAGAAUCUCCGACCCUGUCUCUUCUUUCCUACUAUACCAAAGAUUGCAAGUGUCCGUUUGAAAGAGAACCACUUAUCGUAGGAGGAUCAAAAAGCAGCAGGAUGGAAUUUCCUCACAUGGCUCAAGUUGGCUACAACCGUGAAAAGCCACGUUGGUAUUGUGGAGGAACUUUAAUAGCUGAAAAUUUUGUUUUGACGGCAGCUCACUGCCUGUGGCAUAAUCAACAUGGUAAACCGGUAAAGGUACGUGCAGGUAUGACCAAUUUACAUGAUACCUCCAAUAUGCAGGUCAGAGAUGUUCUGGAAGUAAUCUCACAUCCUACAUAUAAAGGCAAAUACAACGAUAUUGGUCUCUUGAAGAUAUCUUCCUUCGAGAUGAACACUUAUGUCCGCCCCGCCUGCCUGCAUACCACCCAGUCGAUUCCUUCAAAAAGGGCCAUUGCUUCCGGUUGGGGGAAUACUGAGUUCUCAGGAAGUAGCAGUGAUGACUUGCAGAAAGUGGUUCUUGAAUUCUACUCUGUCGAUAAGUGUAAUCAGACGUAUAGGCGUGAGAUCAACCAACCAGGGUCCUCCUUGGGAGAGGGAAUCAGAGAUGAUAUCAUGGUUUGCGCAGGUAGCAGCGAAUACGUUAGAGAUACUUGUCAGUGUAAUAUGGCACGGAGUGAUUAACUUAGUGACCCUUCUUGUCGGAAACUACUCGUGGACAAAUUUUGGGCCGAUUACCACUUUGUUCUAGGUGUUGAGAUCUACAACAUUCUGCAAUUAAAAUAAUAGACGAAAUCCAUUACCCAUAAGGUUUCUACUGGAUCUUCUGACGAUAGUACACACUUAUAAACUAAAGAAAUAGUCAAGUAUUAAAUCAUAUUAGUACUAAGUGUGACGCAGUCUUCUCCCUCAGGCCAACUUGAUUUUUUUGCAGCUUCAAUAAGGAGUAGAAAUACUAUACAUGGGGUCCCGAACUACUAUUUUUUUUUGCUCCAGGGUGACUCGGGAGGUCCAUUGCAAAUUUACUAUGACGGGCCAGAUGACGUUAAAUGCAUGUAUGAGAUUAUUGGCAUUACGUCGUUCGGAAAGUCAUGUGCCACAGUGGAAAACCUUCCUGGAGUCUAUACAAGAGUAUCAGCUUACAUUGAAUGGAUCGAAGAUAACGUGUGGAAGUGAUUAUGAUAAAUGUGAUGUUGAAAAUUGAAUAAAUCCCAAAGACCCAGCCUUGACUUGAUACCUAGACAUAAUCGUGGCCGUAGACGUUCGAAAUAUUGACCCAGAUUAGUCUGGGAUUAUUAAACUAUUUCUGCCAAGAACGCGCUGACCUUGUUUCUAGGAGAUUCCAAACGUGUGCGGCCAAACUAAUAUUAUUAAGCCAAUCAAAACAGUAUGUGGUCUGGCAAAAAUAUUUACAGAAAGCUACUGAUACAAGGCGAACAAAGGAUCAGGCUUUACAAGCGGGAUUUUCGACUCUGAAAGUAACUCAAAUUUCAAGCAUUUGGCAACAUUGCAAACUUUUUUGUUAAACCAAUCAAGCACUAGUUUCUUGUUUAUUCAGAAUGAAAACGAAGAUGUUGAUGAAUAUUCAAGAUACAUAUGUCUGAAAUAUUCAAAUGCAAAGGUUUAUAGAUGCGAUUAACUAAUUGAAAUUUGAGUUAUUCUGCGGGCCGAAAAUCCUUGAUCUUUUGUUUCCAAUAAAAUAAUGCCAGAAUCUUUAUUUUAAGCGAGUAAAAAAGCAACUAUGUGAGAUAAAUUUUUCUUUGUUUUUGUAUUACUUAAGUUGUAUGGCAGCCUUGUCGGAGAUAGUAGUAAUAUACGAGUAGAAUGUUCUUUGUAUGAGCACGAAAUAGUCAUUGUAAGAUCAUUAAUUCUUAGCAGUUGCAAUGUCUCUCUUAAUUCUCACCCCGCAGUCAAGGAAGCAUUGUAAUCUCGAAGGAUUUUUAACAUGAGAUAUUUUGUUUUUUAGUGGUAAGACAUCUGUAUCACGAAAAACCGCGUCACUCAUUUUAGUCGUUCUGUCUGUUAAUUCUUGGCCCGACUAUAUCUUGGAAAGUGCCGCUCGGAUUUUGAUGAAAUUUUGACACAAGCUUACUAUAUAACAAGAACGAAAAAAUAUUAUAGAUUUCGAAGAUCGGUCCAGUGGCAACGGAGUUAGGGGCUAAGGACGAAAAAAAAAUCGCCUAAACUUCGUUUUUUUUUACAUUGAUAAAUUCUGAAUUUCUGAGAAACGUUUCUCGAGUGUACCAUAAUGCAGUUAUAUUUUUAAGUUGUGAAAAAUACAUUAUCUUAAUUUUUGAGAAUCGUAGCUCCGACAAGAAUUUCUUUUGUACCAGAAAUUUGGCAAACCCACGAAAACGAAGUUUAUAAACGGUUUGAUGCCGUUGUGUUUUCUGUUCAUUAUUCCUCUGCCUAUAAAUUUGCUUAUGCUCUCCAAAUUUCAUUGAAUCGGAGCAGGCGUUUCUGAAAUUAAUUAAGUUUAAAUAUUUUUGCGAUUGCAAUACUUUAUCCUUUAUGGUGUCAAGUAUAUACAUAUACAAUUUGUUCUCCACAUGCUCGUACCGAGUAGUGGCGAGACACCUGAAUGCCACUUGGCCGAGAAAGUUAGUGGGCUAACCUACCUGCCUGUUCCUUAAUCUUUACACCCACUAUAUUUCGGAAAGUACCUAGGUAGUAGCAGUUUUUCAAAAUUGAUUCAGUGGCGGCGGAGCUAUGUAUUAGAAAGAAAAAAAUGAAGAGUCGCUGAAACAUCAUCAUCAAACUUUUGGAGGAAAUUGGGGUCUGGAAGCGCUAGGGGGUUAGUUGCAGUAAAUUGUUGUAACUUUAGGUAUUAGUGAAAGAUGUUCUAUUAUUAAAAAUUUGCUGAUCCCGGUAAUAUCACUCACCUGUUAGAUGUAAUCAUACAGAAAUAUGAUAAAUUUAUAGGAAUAUAUACGUAGGUUCACGAUUCCUAGUCAAGGUUCGAUUCCGCCUUUUGAAUAUACUUGACUUAUGUCUGUACUCCGUAAUUAGUAAUUAUGAAUUACUUACAAAUACUUGACGCCAUUAUAAAAUUUCAUCAUCAAGGAAAUCAUUUCA